UACCACCCUCGGCACUGUCAGGCCGGGGGACAAAAUAUUCAAUCUCUGCUUUUUUAAGUCAUACAGACCUGCAGGUGGAGGGAACCCAGUUCAGAAGAUAAUUAUUCAUAAAGAACAGUUUUUACACUUUUUCGAGGCUUUUGGUCGGGUCACGAAAGAGGCAGCCGCCUUCCGCCCGUUGAAGAUCGAGAGCACUGACAAGAAAGCAGGUUUCCCCCUCCUCUGCCUCAGAGCGGCGCGAUGACUUUGGACAGCAUGGCGGCCCGAGGACGGACCCCCGAUCACACCGCAGAGACCCGGCACCAGCGAGACGAGACGAGGGCCCCCGGACAGCGAGGACGUGAAGCGAGGCGCGCGUGAAGCUCCCCUUUUGCCGGACGCGCCUGCUCCCCAUCCGAGCCGCUGCAGGAGCGACGCGCGCUGUGGGUCGAGGGGGCGGGGUCACCGCUGAAAUCUGACCCUCGGAACGAGCGAGGCCGCCAUGAACGGCGUGCGGGAGAUGUCGGUGAAGUGCGUCCUGGUCGGCGACAGCGCCGUGGGCAAGACGGCGCUCCUGGUCCGCUUCACCUCGGAGACCUUCCCGGACAGCUACAAGCCCACGGUGUUCGAGAACACCGGCGUGGAGGUGUACAUGGACGGCGUGCAGAUCAGCCUGGGGCUGUGGGACACGGCGGGCAACGACAGCUUCCGCCAUAUCCGCCCGAGGUCCUACCAGCAGGCCGACGUGGUCCUCGUCUGCUACUCCGUGGCCAACCCCAACUCGCUGGCGAGCGUCCGCCACCGGUGGAUGGCCGAGGUCCGGGAGAACCUGCCCAGGGUGCCGGUGCUGGUGGUGGCCACGCAGACGGACCUGCGGGAGGCCGGGGCGCACCGGGGCAGCUGCAUCACGGCGGCGCAGGGCAGGCGCCUGGCCCACGAGGUCCGCGCCAAGGGCUACCUGGAGUGCUCGUCUCUGGGGAACCGCGGCGUGCAGCAGGUGUUCGAGUACGCCGUGCGGACGGCCGUGAACCAGGCCAGGAAACGGGCCAGGCGGCGGAUGUUCGGCGUCAACCAGUGCAAGGUCUUUUGACCUUUGACCCUGACUUGGCGGUUCACGGGGAUGGCUUUGGACGUAUCGCGUGUGUCGGGCUGCAGGACACACGGGUGCCUCCCUCUCCUGAAUACGAGGGAUUCUUAACGACUCCCCUAAAGGCACAGCGUGUUUAAAGAAGGACGUUGGUGAGAUCCAGGAAGAGACGUAGAAAACCCAACCUUUGGUUCUUCUGAUCCGUCCGUUGAAUUUCAAACAGCGCAUGCGAGAUGUUUAGUCUCCAUUAAGAAAAAAUGGAGCAACCUCAGGCACAUUCAAGGUUCCAGAAAUCUAAAUAGAUCGGUUUGCGGGUGCCUCUGUAAAAUAAACUUAAAGCAAACCUUGGGAUUUACCGCGUGAAAUUCCACAAUUUGGUUAUGCAGUUCGAUAAGCUUUUUACAAAUUUGUUGUAAUCUAAUUUAUUCCUACCCUCAUGAAAUGUAUUGAAUAGGAAAUCAGUAAAUAAUGGCAAUGCAUGUUGUCAGCAAUUAAAACAUGCUGCCAUCGGCCCAUGUGAUGCAUGUGUGGUGCAUACAGCUCUGUUUAGGACACAUUCUUAAUUAUUUCUUCAGAGAGGAUGAUAAUUUAUUACAGCAAACCAGGAAAUAAACCUUCUCUUUUAAACACAUUUUUUAAAAUAAUAAUCAAACAAUUCAAUACCAAACCUUUCUGAUUCUAUAAUGCAUUUUUAAAGUUUUUUUUAAAACCACAUUUGACAUGUUAGUGAACUCUGUGUUUGUUAAUUCUUUUCAAUUUAACUUAAUACAUCCUUUAAGAAACCAUGAAGAAAACAUAGACAUGACCUGCCAUCUGUGUUUUUUUGCAAACGUGCAUGAAUUAAACCUGAUGCAACACAGUGAAAAUGUAGUGUUUCAAUUAUUUUUUAAGCGAAUAAAAGACUGCAAGUGUUUUAAAAUAUAUUGUCUUUUUCCUCCAUAAUGGCUCCGUCAUUUGGCCUUUUGUUUCCCCUCUCUAUCUUUUUUUAAGGAGUUUGCAUUAGAUUAGAAUUAAAAGUGCUCAUUCAUUAUGAAAGCAACCCUUCAUUGACCCAAAUAAACUCCAAAAGGAAUCAUUGUGUGUAGUUUAAAGACUUCCGAUGUCAACGUCCUGUCUGCUUCGUACGUGUGGUCUCUAACCCUUAAGCACACAGUAUCAUACUGUGUGUCGACAUGCUUCUAUUAGUUAUCAAUUCGGACUAUACAAGAGAUGAUGUCUGUCUGUCACAUUUCUUGUGGAGCCUUUUGAUUUUGGUGCAUUUUGCUCACUAACUUGUAACCUCACCGGCGUUUCGGUCAAAGACUGCGAUGAGUAGAAUACUGCUUGUAAAUACCUUCUGCUAAGUGUUUUGCUCUGUAAUAUUUCUGUCUCUCUGUGAAUUCAUGAUGCCUUGCUUCACUUUUCUCAAAUGGGAACGUUGGUAUUCCAGGAGAAAAUAAAUCAAGUCAGGCUCAAGUGUAUCGAGCAAGCUUUUUGUGUUGUAUUUCACAAAGCCAUUUAAACUGUUAACAAA